AUGCUCUUGCAGGAACUCGAACAAGCCUCUGCCAACCAGCCGGUUACGUUGUCGGUCGGCGGCAAGUCGAACGGCGAGAGCGCGACGCGCCGACAAUCGACGGAAGCGGCGUCUCGAGAAGCACAGUCUCCGACGCGCGGCGGCCCUCGAUCUUUAGGGUUGGGGGAAAGCAUCAGCGGAAGCGGGCGCAAGAGAGAGCAGGCGGAGCGGAGUCCGCUUGACGGCUUGCAGUUGGGGGCGGGGGGAGGGGGUUGCGGCGGUCAGGGCUUUCCGUUUUCUUCUGUCGGCAAUCCCGAGGGUCAUCAGAGGCGGCAGGAGACGAACCCUGGGGGAUGCGCGGAUGGGGUGACUGCACGCAAUGUGACUAUAGGCGUGGGCAGUCGAGGAGACGGUCAGUACGUUGGGAGGAGUUCCCUCGGGGGGGAGGAUGCUAGGGGUGUGAUUGAAACGAGACCGUUAGGAUUCGUGCGGGAGGAGAAGGAGAAGGAAUCGUCGAAGGGCGAUGAGCGCGAGAGUGAGAGGGAGGGAGACGAGGCGGUACGGGACGGGAUUGAUGGCGGAAGAAGGGGAGGAUGGGAGGGGUGGGAGAAGAUGGUGGGGGCGGGAGACGAGAUUUGCGCGCACGAUCAGCAGCAGCAGCCGCAUCGGGAUUUUGAGACGUCUCAGAACCACAAACAGCAGCAGCAGCAGCAGCAACAGCAGCAGCCGCCAUCGCAGAACAUAUUUGGCGGCGACGCGCAUCGGCCUGUGGAGUAUCGAGUCACGGCGUGCGAGGAGGGGCGCCGCCCGCCCGCGUGGAAGCCGGCGGGUUCCGCGGGGCACUUAAAGCCCGACGACGACCUCACUCUUAAAGCGUUCCUCAAGGGCGGCAAAAGGCGCCACGGGGGUGCGGUGCGCGGCGCGCAGACGUGGCAGGCGGACAAGAUUGCGGACGCGUGGCGGGUGGCGGAGGGGCUUGCGGAACUGGAGCGCGUGCGGCGGGAGCAGGCGGGUCGGGGCGCGCAUCCCCCUUCCGGUUCUGCAAAUGCCCCCCGCGUUAUCACUACUGCGACGGCUGUAACCGCCACACCGGCAGCGGCUGGUGCCAUUCAGCGUUUUUCUGCUGCGGACGGCCCCGCCGCCGACUUCUCCCCUUACGCCAGUGGAGGCGCCGCCGUGAAGGGCAAUGGCGCGCCAGGGGGUGGGAUCGCGCGGAGCGACAGCGCGCGGAAGGGCAAAGCGGCGGUUGCGGACGAGCCUUGCGGGUUUGACCGCACGGGGGGAAAGGCGUCCGCACAAGGCGCUAAAAGCGGAGGGGGGAAGGAGAAGCGCGGAGUAGAUGCGCGCGCUGACGUGGCAGGAAAGGGCGCGGCGCAGCAGAACGAGAAGGCGAAGCAGAUGGAGCGGAACCUCAAGGUAGCUUCCGCGCAGCUUCUCGCCCUGCAGAAAUGGGACGAGGGGACAAGAGACCUAGCGGUGCGGUGGGCCGUAUGGCUCUUGAGGCUCAUCCGCAAGUCCGCCCCCACGCCACCCCCGCCCUCGAUCCGCCUCCUCCUCUUCUCCUCCAUCCUCAUGACUCUUCCCCGGAUAUCCGACUCCCUCCUCCCCCUCACUGCCCUCCCCGGCCUCGCCUGCUCCCCAGCGUCAGCCUCGGCAGCAGGCUCGGUGAAAGGCGCGGCGGGAGGUUCGGUGGCCGAGGCGGUGAGGCAGAUGCUGCGGAGCGUGUGUGCGCUGGUGGGGGCGGUGGGGAGGAGUCAGGUGUGCUUCUCCCCCCUGCACUGGGAGAUUCUACAGGAGCCGUUGGAUCGCUUCAAGUCGUGGGCUGCAAAGAAAACACAAAGAGCAGAGGAGCAGAAGGGUGAUCAUGCCUCCGCUGCUCCUCCGCCUGUUGUUCCUGCUCCUGCUCCUGCUCCUGCUCCUGCUCCUGCUCCUGCUCCCGCUCCUGCUCCUCCUUCUCCUGCCGUUACCCCAUCGUCUACCUUCGUGUCUUCACAGCAUCAUGGUCUGGACCUCGCUCUUUCUGCACCCCCAGAAGCAUCUGCUGUUCCUGCUCCUCUUCCUGCUUCCGUUAACCCGCUCGCACACCAACCAGCGCCGCCCCUGAACGCGCACUCGCACAGGGCGUUUGGGUCGGCGCAGCGGCGGCGGCAGAGGGCGGUGGAGCAGCAGGCCAAGGAGCUCUGCAGCGGCCUCUUCUCCCCGUACGGGCGGCAGGCCGUGUCUGGUAGCGGCGCCAGUAGCAAGCGGUCGGACGGUCCUGCCCCUCCUCUUCCUACCCCUCAUGUUAUUGCCGCCGCCGCCACCGCCUCCGCUGCUGCUGCUGCUUCUCCCUCUCCUAGUGCAUCUGCCUCAGCAGCAGCAGCAGCGGCGGCGAGCAGUGGUCGCACGCAUAAAGCCACACCAGCACCCAAGGAAGCGUCAGGCCAUAAGAGCACAUCAGCCCGUGCAGGCACGUCAGCCCGUGCAGGCGCAGCAGCCCAUGCAGGCACGUCGGUGUGGCUGGGAACCCCUCUGGCCGCUGGCAUGGGGGCAAAGAUCGCCGUGGGCGGGAGGGGCAGCGCUAGUGCCGUUUACCGCGAGCUGUCCUCCCGCUGUGGGUCCUCUGGGGGGUGGAAGAGCGGAGGGGAGGGGAGUGUGGGAGAGGAGGGGAUGGAGGAGGGGGAGAGUGUGAGGGAGGGAUCGGUGGGUGGUGGAGUGGGGAAGGGAGUGAGGGAGGGCGAGGCAGGGGGGUAUGCGGAGUGGAGUGCCAGGAAUGUGGCUCAGACCGAGGCGAGUUCCGUGCCUUACUUCUGGUCCGGGGUUUACCGAACCUGCAGCUCGGGUUUGGCUGGUAGUGUUGGGCUGAGGGCUUGGCAGAAGGGCAGGGUGGAUACAGCGACUAUGGUGAGGCCUUUUAAGGCUGCUGAUGCUGCCGCUGCCACUGUUGCUGCUGCUGCUGUUACUGCUGCUGCUGCUGCUGCUGCUGUCGGCAGUGUUGCUGCCGCAGCUGCUUCUGCUGAUGCCCCAUCAUCCCCUCCUGUUACUGCCGCAGCUGCAUCAGCAGCAGUAGCAGCAGCAGCAGCAGCAGCAGCAGCAGCAGCAGCAGCAGCUGGAAAUGCCAAGGAUGGUGAUUGCAGCAUUGGUGCCGGCGCCACUGUCGGUGUGACAGCAGCCUAUGGGAGCAGCAGCGCAGGGCAAGGCACAGAGAUCAAGACUGAGAUGGACGUGAACGGCUGUGAUGAUGCCACAGCCACAGCCAAUGGCGAAGAGGCAUGGGAGGGGGCCUUGGAUCCCGCUGUAGCAGCCAAGUUCGGGCUGGCCCGCCCUUCUUUGUCUGCCUGUGCGGGUCCCAGCCCCCAGCAGUACCACCCGCACCAGCAGCACAGGCGAGGGAGACGAGGGGUGCAGAUGCAGGAGGGAUGGCAGCAGCAGUGGCAGCAGCAGCACGGGUCACUUGGACCGCAGUGGCAGCAGCAGCAGGGAUGGCUGAAGCAGCAGCAGCAAGGAUCAGGGGGGCGGCAGCAGUGGAGAAGCAUGUCUGCUGCUCCGCUGGGGCGGAUAGACGAGCGCAGGCAGGAGGAGGAAGAGGAGGAGCAACAGCUGCAGCAGGAGGAGGAGCAGAAGGAGCAGCAAGAGCAGCCGCAGGAGGUCGAGCAGCAAGGGUGGGAACUGGAAAGCCAGAAUCAGCACCCUGCCGGAAAGGAGCCGUUGGGAUCAGUGCAUGCCGCUUCUGUAGCAGGUGCUGCGACAGGGGCAGGGACAAUGGGAACGGUGGGUGGAGAUACAGUGGGGAGUGCGUACACAUACACAUACACGUACACACAUACUGGGUGCACAUCGGGCAGCACAUGGAUGCAGGAGGGUGGUGAGGGCCCGCACAUGGUGUCGCGACCACGGUCCAGGAGAAAAAAGAUGGCCAAGCGCGAGUGA